GUCUCCUUUCAUGGACGACAUUCUCGUCCUCGACAACGGCGGGGGUUUUGUCAAGGCGGGUAUCGUCGGCACGCAUGAUGAUCCAAUCGUCGUCCCCAACUGCCUAGCUCGCCCACGCGGCUCCAAGAAAUGGAUAAUCGCCGAUCAGCUGGAGAAAUGCGACGAGAUUCAAGGUAUUUCUCUCCGCCGUCCCUUCGAUCGCGGCUAUCUCGUCCACUGCGAUGCCGAGAAGGAGGUCUGGGACCGUGUCUUCAAGGCGCUCGUCAAGAUUCGCCCGCCGGAGACGGCAUUGUUCCUCGUCGAGCCCCCUUUCACUCUGAGCGCCAUCCGCAAGAACACCGACGAGCUCGUGUUUGAGGAGUUUGGAUUCCAGAGCCUCUUCGUCUCUCACGCCGCGCCGCUGGUCCACUUAUACGAAGCAAAUCGGAGGCCCAAGAGCAGGCUGGCUCUCGGGAAUUGCAGCUUGGUGGUGGAUUGCGGAUUCUCCUUCACGCACGCCGUGCCAAUCGUGCAAGGAUUUCCAGUCUACCAUGGCAUCAAGAGGAUCAAUCUCGGCGGCAAAGCUCUCACGAAUUAUCUCAAGGAGCUCGUUUCCUACAGGGCCUGGAAUGUCAUGGACGAGACUUAUAUCAUGGAGGAUGUGAAGCAUUCACUGUGCUUUUGCUCCAAGAAUGUUCUUGGCGACCUCGACGUGGCAAGGAAGAAGGGACGGGAGAACUAUAUCCGCUGCCAGUACGUUCUUCCGGAUGGUGUCAAGAACAAACGUGGAUUUGUCAAGGAUCCCGCUGCCGCUGCCGCUUAUUUUUCCAAGCAAGGUGGAGAGCAACAGGGAGAAGAGAAAGAAGAGGCCCAAGCUCCGAUGGAUGUUGAUGCCGCUGUGGACGAGGCUGCGGAAGCUUCAGAUCCAAAUCGACGAAAUGCUAUUCCUGUUGCUGAUGAUCAGGAACUUACACUGACCAACGAGCGAUUCAUGGUGCCCGAGAUGUUGUUCCAGCCCGCAGAUCUUGGCAUGGAGGAAGCUGGGCUUUCCGAAUGCAUCGUCCGAGCUAUCAACUCUUGCCACCCGGAUCUUCAUCCUUUGCUCUACUCCAAGUACAUUUCUUUACGCUUUGAAGUGCUGUUUAACCGAGUUUUUUACAGCAUCAUACUGACUGGAGGAUGCGUCCAGUUCCCAUUUUUCAAGGAGAAACUGGAAAGCGAGCUCAGACCUUUGGUACCUGAUGAAUACAACCUCAAUAUCCAACUCACAGACAGCCCGAUCAAAGCUCCAUGGUAUGGAGGAGCCCUGCUAGCUUCUAGUCCUGAGUUUCAAGGCUGCUCGGUGACAAAGAAACAGUACGAAGAGGAGGGCUCUCACAGGUGUCGGUGGAGAUUCUUGCAGUGAGUGGAUCGCUCCAACUCCGUGAAAAGCUCUACGGUGUUUUCAAGGCUGCCGAAUCGGUAGGACAAGGAAAGAAAGAUCAUCUCAGAGAAGAUCGGGCGGGCAUGCCAGCCUUCGGCUACUGUGAGCACCAUUAUUACAUCGUCCGUGAUGUCUAGCUCCUCGGAAACCUCUGAAAGAAAACCACAAGGUUAGAAACAAAAGGAAAUUUUCUAAAGUUUUGUGAGGGGCGCAUACCUUUGUACUGGGCCUGGAGAAGCUUUGCAGUGGUCGUCGUCUCGCACCACACAUGAAGAACACACUGGGAGAAGCUGUGCCUGUCCGUCACUCCAUGCCUCGCCACAACCUGUGCGGGAUGAGAUUUAGCAAAGUUCCAAGAGUAGAAAAAUUUCGCUCUUACCAGUCCAAAGAGUUUCUUGUAGAGCAGCCUGUAAGCCAUCUGCGGGGAGAAGUCUUCUGGAUUCGGGUAAGACAUCGCCCUGGUGACCGAAACUCCGACUCUCUGGCCAUACAGGUUGCAAAUGUAAUCCACCUUCUUCCAGUUCAUGGCGCAGUACUCCACCUCCAUCUCCGUCACCACGUCCGUGGCUUUGAACUUCCUCACGAAAUACUCCACCGAGAGGGACUGCAUGCACGAGGAGUCCAUCGCCAGAAACCACUAUAAAACAGAAAAUAUGAUAACAUAUAUUCUUGUA